AUGGCCCAACGCCAAGACGCGCCCCUGCUGGCCGCCGCGCGUGCUGCUCGCCCGCGCCGCUCGCCGCUCUCCGCGCACUGCCGCUCGCGCUGCUCCUGCUGCUCGCCCGCGCUGCCGUUCGCGCUGCUCCCCGUCGCCGCGCGCGCUGCUGCUCACCCGGGCCGCGACGUGCUGCUCCCCGUCGCGGUGCUGCCCGCCCGGGCCGCUACGCGCUGCUCCCCGUCGCGGUGCGGCUCGCCCGGGCCGCGGCGCGCCGCCCUUCGCGCUGCUGCUCGCCCGGGCCGCGACGGGCUGCUCCCCGUCGCGCCGCUGCACGCCCGGGCCGCGACGCGCUGCUCCCCGUCGCGGUGCUGCUCGCCCGGGCCGCGACGCCCCGCCCUUCGCGCUGCUCCCCGUCGCGCCGCCGCUCGCGCUGCUCGCCGUGCGCCGCUGCAGGCCAUGCGGCUCUCUACGGCCAUGGGCAUGGCUUCGCCGCCGCCCCGUGAGAGAGAGCCAUCGGCCUUCAGCUUCUAUAUCGGGUGGCACAACAAUGGCCGCUGGCUGCUGCUGCUUCUUGAUCCGGAACAGAGAGAGGAAGAAGAGAGGGUUGCGUCCACGCUGGAGCGCCUCACUGGACAACAGUGGGUCACGACGGUUAGAAACAUGUUUAUUUGCUAG